UUGUCGAGAGAGGACAAUUCUAAGGAGAGAGUUGUCGAGUAAAGUGUAAACAAGCUAUAAGUUAGAGUUGUAAAGUGGAGUACCCUGCAAGACGAGUAGAGUUACUUAUCUUAUGGAAUAUUGGUUACCGGUAAAGAAAGCUUGUAUUAUUUUUUUGGUCUCUUUUGUUCUAGCAGCAGGAAAAAAGUUACCAUUUCUCCUCUUUUACGGCAUGUCGGUGUGAUUAUCUUGCUCGCUCUCUCUCAUUGAUUUUGGUGCCAAUGCUACAUAUGUCUUUCUGCUCUAAUUUCUUUGUUUUGGAAAGGCAUAUGUCACUCUGUGGAUAGCAGAGCCCCCUGUAGUAGUUUUUUUUUUAAUCAGCCAUCUAUCAGUGGAGACUGUUCGAUUUAUCAUUUUCAGGGUAACCCUUAAGCUCCAGUUACCCAUACUUGACUUGACCUAGAGAGACUUGAUAACUGUCACAUAAAAGAUCCGUUUAAUGGGCCUUGCAUGUAUUUGAUUACCGAACGCAUGACUUGACUUGAAAGUCUGUUGAAUUUAGAAUUUCAAGUUAAGUUGACAUUUCAGAGAGUGGCAUCUUUGCUCUCUCCCUUUAUUUUGACAUUUCAGAGAGUGACGGCUCAGUUAUUUCGCUCGCUUUUUUGAUAGCACGCUUCAUUCCAUUUUCAUCAUUUCAUUUUCAUAAUCUCAUUUAAUUUUCUAUAUUUAAUUUGCCAUUUGAUAAAUAAUCCGAAUAAACACAAUGAAUGAUGAAAAAUUAAUAGAAGAAGUGCGGGCGCGUGAAAUUUUAUAUAACAAGGCCUGCGUAGGCUACCGAGUGCCGAGCCGGAAGAGGGACGCGUGGGUAAGCGUGGCGAAGGAGCUAGGUGCUACUGAAGAGCAGUGCUCGAAGAGGUGGCUGACUCUAAGGGAAAGAUUCAGUAGGGAGGUAAGGAAAAUGGAGGCACCAUCAGGAAGUGGGGCGAGUAACGCCGAAACCUGGCCAUUGUUCGAUAAUAUGAGCUUUUUAAAACAAUAUAUACAGCCCAGACCAAAUCGUUGCACCACAAACAUUUUAGAUGAUAUGUUUUCGCAGGAGCUGUUGGAGCCAAUUAGUUUUGAAUGUUCUCAGACUAAUUUAUCGUCGCCUUCGGAGUUGUCGUUUUCAACUCCGAUCCGGAAAAGAGUAAAGAAAACAAAAAGCGAUGUCGACGGCUGCUUCAAAGAAGCGUGCGAGCUAUACAAAAGCAUGUGUGCAGAGAGGAGCAAAGGCAGCGAGGCGGUGAGGUCGUUUGGUGUUAUGUUGACCUCUAUCAUGAACGAUAAUAACAUAAAACAAAUGAAAGCAAUACAAGUUUUAACAAAUUCAUUAUUUGCUAUUAAAUCGGAACCCGAAUAAUUUUUUUUUAAUUUUUAAAUCAUUUGUUUGAUGUUUUAUACAUAUAUUGAAUUAAUAUGUAAAAAUGUUUAAAAGGCUUGUUACCUAGACGUAAGAAACAACGAUGUAUCUCAUUUUUCAAAAAUAGUUUUAAAAUGUUUAAAACGCUUGUUACCUAGACGUAAGAAACAACAAUGU